AACUGAGCCCAGAGCCAGCAACGUGGGAUCCACGGAACAACAGCCUUUUACAGCAACAGCCACCUCUGAUUAAAAUUGUCAGCUUCAUCAGACUGCACCAAGACCUAGGACUGCUCCUCCAAGGAAAGAGAGGACCAAGCAAUGAUGAAGACUAUGUCCGGUGGAAACUGCACCCUGAAUGUGCCAGCCAAGAACUCUUACCGCAUGGUAGUGCUGGGAGCCUCCAGGGUGGGGAAAAGCUCCAUUGUCUCACGCUUUCUCAACGGCCGCUUUGAGGACCAGUACACUCCCACCAUCGAGGAUUUUCAUCGCAAGGUCUACAACAUCCGGGGAGACAUGUAUCAGCUGGACAUCCUGGACACCUCCGGGAAUCACCCCUUCCCCGCUAUGAGGAGGCUUUCCAUUCUGACAGGGGAUGUUUUCAUCCUGGUAUUCAGCUUGGACAACCGAGAAUCAUUUGAUGAGGUGAAGAGGCUCCAGAAACAGAUCCUUGAGGUCAAAUCCUGCCUGAAGAACAAGACCAAGGAAUCAGCUGACCUCCCCAUGGUGAUCUGCGGCAACAAGAAUGACCACAGUGAAAUCUUCCGCAAGGUACGCUCAGAUGAAGGUGAGAACCUUGUCUCCAGUGACGAAAACUGCGCUUACUUUGAAGUUUCAGCCAAGAAGAACACCAAUGUGGAUGAGAUGUUCUAUGUCCUCUUCAGCAUGGCCAAGCUACCUCAUGAGAUGAGCCCUGCCCUCCACAGGAAAAUCUCCAUCCAGUAUGGUGACACCUUUCAACAGAAAUCCUUCCGGAUGCGCCGAGUCAAGGACAUGGAUGCCUACGGCAUGAUCUCGCCCUUUGCUCGCCGACCAAGCGUCAACAGUGACCUGAAGUAUAUCAAAUCGAAAGUUCUCAGGGAAGGUCAGUCAAGGGAGAGGGAGAAAUGCACGAUCCAGUGAAGGGGGCUUGCACUUCUGUCUGAAGUCAGCAUCCACAUGCAGUGCCUUAACGAAAAGUGGUCUGUGGAAGCACAGAAUGCUCUCAUGGAGUUCAUCGAGAAAACCCGCCACAGAGAAAGGAUAACUCUUCCUGCAGAUUCUACUGAGUCACGAAUGUAAAUAACAUCGUCCUUGUAAAUGACUGAGAGAAUCAUAUGCCUGAGAUAUGAGUGUAUUUCUCUGUCUUUGUAAUGCAGUUCCCCUUCAUUCCCCUCUCCUUGUUUAAAGAAUGCAGACCUGAGAAGUAAAGAAAUUUCAACCUCAUCCUUACAAAGAAAGUAGGUGAAAAAUGCACAGAAGGCAUUGUCACUUACCC